AUGGCAUCGAGAUACUCGGCCGCUCGGCCGAAGCGUGAUGGCGAGAACUUUGCGCGCACCCAUCACAAUGAGGACGAACCCGACAACAAGCGAGUCAAGUUCGACGUGCGGAAUCCUUCGACUUUGGCUGCCGAGGCCCGCGAGGACGAUGCCGUCCUCGACGCAGACGUCAUCGGCGGCAGCGGGGUCACGAAGAGAGGGGCGGUGAAUCUCGACGGCUACGACAGCGAUUCGGACAAUGAGACAUUCAACACCCGGGCCGCAAGUCGAAAGAAAGGCGACGUCAAUAUCUUGGAGCAGCUCGACAACUACAACGCCGCAAGCGGCGGUGCCCUCGGUGAGAAUGGCAAGGCCGGCAGCCUCGAGUCGGGCGAGGGGAAGGACGAGCAGGACGACGACGAGGACGAAGACAUGUUUGCGACGGUGGAUGAAGCUCCAGCGAAGGAGGCCGAUCCAGAAUCGGGAGAUUUCGACAAGUCUGGGCGAAAGCAAAAGGCUGUACGCUUCCUCGACGCCUCGGAAAUCGGAGGGCAGGUGGAAGAAAGCAAGAGCGGCGGGCGUGUGAGGCUCGACGAGAACGAGAGCAGCGACGACGAUUCCGACGCAGAACUUGCCAUUCAGGAGGAGGGUCUGGACGAGGAGGUCGGCGCCGGCGGCCUGAAGCGUAAUGCGCCCAAGGUGGAGGCCUUCAACCUAAGGGAGGAAAUGGAAGAAGGCCAGUUUGACCAGGCGGGAAACUUUGUCCGCAAAGCCGGGGAUCCCGAUGCAGUCCACGACAGCUGGCUCCAAGGGCUGAGCAAAAAGGACCUGAAGAAGGCGGCCGAAGCACACAGGAGACGUGAAGGGGAGGCUCGGAAACAGCGGCUCGAGGAGGACGACGUGCUGGUGUCGGAUCUGCUGACGAUGCUCAUUCUGCAGCUCGAAAGGGUCGAAACCCCCCUCGAGGCUCUGGCGCGUCUAGGGAAGAAGCAAACGAAGGCGAAAAAAAUACCCAUGUGGAAGCGCAAGAAGAUGAGCAAAGCCGCCGAGGACAUCGAGGUCGACGCGGAUGCCGUCGGCGAUGCCGAGCAGGUCCGGAUCAAGGAAUCGAUCAACGCCAUCACGGACGCGGCCGACAAGCUUCUGAGCCGAGAUUUCGACGACGUAUACGAGCAGGAGAGGGAGCUCCUCAUUCGCGCGUUCCAGCGUGAGACUGGCGAGGACUGGCUGGAACCGGAAGCCAAGCGCGGGGAUGACGAUCAAACCGGCAACGAAACCGCCGACGGCAGCAAAACGUGGGAGUUUCGCUGGACCGACGGACGCGACGGGGCCACCCAAGGUCCCUUUGACGAAGCCAUGAUGAAGGCCUGGCAGGAUGCCGGCUACUUCGGACAAGGCGUCGAGUUCCGACCGACGGAUGGCAGUGACGCCUGGAGUUCGACCAUGUCGUUUGUCUGA